UCGGAAAAGGAUGCUACGUCAGCACGCCCCGACGUAAGAAGGUGCUAUUCCGGCGCUUUCAGGCUGCUUCCGGCGGAGCCUGGAUGUUGACGUCCUGCUUCUGGCGACGGGGAGCGCUGGGAGCUCGAGCGCGCUCCGGAGGCGCCCGGAGGAGCCCUGAGGAGCCCUGAGUCUGCGGUGGUAACUUCAUCAGCCAGCCAAGAUGGCGAUGCAAGCGGCCAAGAGGGCGAAUAUUCGCCUUCCACCUGAAGUAAAUCGGAUUUUGUAUAUUCGAAACUUGCCAUACAAAAUCACAGCUGAAGAAAUGUAUGAUAUAUUUGGGAAAUAUGGACCUAUUCGUCAAAUUAGAGUGGGAAACACACCUGAAACGAGAGGAACAGCUUACGUGGUCUAUGAAGACAUCUUUGAUGCCAAGAAUGCAUGUGAUCACCUCUCCGGAUUCAACGUUUGUAACAGAUACCUGGUGGUUUUGUACUAUAAUGCCAACAGAGCAUUUCAGAAGAUGGACACAAAGAAAAAGGAAGAACAGUUGAAACUUCUCAAAGAGAAAUAUGGCAUCAAUACAGACCCACCAAAGUAAAUGUUUUCUCUAUUUUCAUUUUGGACUGAAACCAUAACCACCACCUUUUUGUGUUUUUAAUUAAUAGUGAAUAUUAUGAUUUCUUAUUGAGAUUCAAAAUGACCUCCUUAAAACUUUGAUACCUGCGUGAAUACUUUAUGUUAAUAAACUUACAGCUUUUGGU